GUGAUUGGUGAAGAUUCUCAAAGAGAGUCAUUUUCUGAAUCAACUGAUUUAGCUGAUUUUAUUGCCAAUGAUUUGUUCAUUGAUUCAUUUGAUUUCGAGAAAGUUUUCGAUAAAUAUGUCCAUGUUGUUGCUGUUGGUUGGAAUGUGGCGACGGUGGGUGGUGGUAGGGUUGUUAAUGUUGGAAUGCAGCGGCGACGGUGGAUGGUGAAAAAUGUCCAAAUUCUGAGAACGGAGUCAAAAUACGGCAGUGUUAUACAUGAACGGUAUCCAGAGAUAUUGUGUGCUCUUGUGGUAACCUUUGGGCUUCGUGGUGCAGGUUCUUCUCAAUCUGCCGAGAAUGACCGUGAAAGCCGCUUGGCAGUUAAGAAGAUUACUCACUCGUGUUUAAUUUGGACUCCAAGUCUUCCAGCUGCAGGAUUUCCGAUUGCCAGCUUCGUUCGA